AACGUCACUCUCCACCAAUCAAAAUUCGGGGACGUUUGCGCCUUCAAAAUGGCGGAUGAAACAAAUGUGAAGUUUGCAGACGACAUUGAUGCAGCGUAAAUUCUACGCUUUAGCCUUUGAUUGAAAGAAUAUUAAAAUCAGUAAUCUAAAAUGACAUCCGAGUCUGACACAGAUGGGGAUCUGCUACUGAGGAAUGUCAGCAACAUCAGAAAGCGACUCCUUCACACGGAGAGGAGCCUACAGCUGUUGCAGUCACCUCGGAACAGUCCAAGGUAUGCAGUAUCCUCCGACGGUGAUUCGUUGGCCGAUGACACCUUGCAACCUUUGACCUUAGAUGACCUGACAGAGGACUACCUGGACAUCAGGUCUAGAGAGGGAAGAAUCGCUAUCCCGUACAGCUUCCAUCGGGACGUGAUGGACGAACAGGGGGCACAUGGUCUGGACGCUCCUGGUCCAGUACAGCAACCUCAAAGUAAUGGUGCUGUGCAGGGCUCAAUGCCAUCGGUCCACGACUUAGAGAAUGAGACGCUGAGGAGGAAGCUGCAGGCACUGAGAGAUGAAAACUCCCAGCUGGUUUCUAGUAACCACCAAUUACUCAAUGAGCUGGAAAGUACCGGGUAUGAGCUCCGCUCUACCAAAAACCAGUUGCAAGCCAUAAGCCAGGAAUUGGAAUCUACGAAAGUUGAAGUGCCUUCACUGCGGGACAAAGUCUCUCAGCUAGAGUCCAGCAUCCGACUGGAUGACGAAGCACUCAGGUCUGCUGAUCAGAAGCUAGUGGAAUACGAGCGGGAACUGCAAGCGAAGGACUCCCUCAUCAAACAGGGCAGGGAGGACACCAAGACAGUCAAAUCAGAGUUGGGUUACGAGGCGCAGCAGAGAAAAAGGGCCGAGAAUCAGCGAGAUGAAGCCCUGCAGAAUCUGGAAGACCUGAGCGACCAACUGAACGAGUACAGGAACAAGACCAAGGAGAAAUUCAAAAAGUACCAAGGCACGGAGGACCAUCUGCGAGACAGCCUGCUGCACUGUGACAAGGAACGAGAGGAACUACUGGAGAAAGCCACGGCCUUGGAAGCAGAACUGCAAGAUGCCAGGGAGAACUUCAGGGUAUUAAAAGAGGAGUCGUCCUGUGACUUGCAAGCCUCUACCCAGGACCUGCAGUCCACCGUCUCCACCCUCCAGCACCAGCUGAGCCAUCUCAGGGAGGACCUGGAUGCCAAGACCAAGGAGAACGAGGAGUUGAAGGAGCUGACUGACCGACAGAAUGAAAGACUCGGUGACUGCCAGAGGGACAUCGAGGCCAGCCACAGCGAGCUGAAGAGAUUGGAAGACAUGGCCCGCAGGCUUCAGGCACAGAUGAGGCACUCUGGAGAUUCGUCCCUCGCCCCCACCAACGGCUACGACAUCCCUCGCCCCGUCCGGACCAGCAGCCCAGCCUCGGACCCAGGCCUAGGGGUGCACCCCAGCCAGAGGAAUGGAAGCCCUGCCCUAAGUGCCCUGUCAGCUGACCACGCCUAUGAUACCAGCUGGAGCGACGAUUUGGAUUAUGUCGGCGCUGGAAGCAACAAGGCUCUAAUAGCUCAGUUAAGGAUGAAGUUAGCAAUGAAGGAAGCAGAGAACCAGCGUCUACAGGCAGCUCGGCAGCGAGACACGGCCGGCGUGUCCUUGUCAAGCAGCGGGACCAUGGACGGACUGCGCUCGGAACUCACUGCCCUGGUGGAGAAAAACAAGAUUGGUGACCGCAAGGCCCACGAGCUAACGUCAAUCAUCAACCGUCUAGAGGAGGAGCGCACCCGUCACGCGGGCCAGCUGGUGCGCUUACAGGAACGUCUGACGGAGCAGGAGUCCCACAGUACGGCCGUGGAGUCCCAGCUAGACCACUACAAUGCCCAGCUCAGGAUACUGCAGGACCAGAUCACAGAGAAAGGGGGACGGGUGGCUACACUGGAGGCAGAGCUCGGGAAGAAGAAUGGUCUCAUAUCCCAUCUGGAGGAGCAUCUAGCAGAGAAGACAGCGUCCAUCGAGGAAUGUACCUCCAAUCUGACCGAGCUGGACCAGCAACUCAAGGACCAAACAGCUGAGCUACGAGAGAUCCAGAACUCCUUAGAGAGGAAGUCGGAGGAAGCAGAGCAGACCAGCGAGACACUGACCAAGGUCAAGGAGCUCCACGUACAGCACUGCCAGGAGAUGCAACAACAGAUUGAAGCGCUUCAAGAAAGCAAAGAGGCCCUCACCUCCCAGCUAGAAAGCAUCAACCAGUCCAUUGAUGAAACCCAAGGGGAGCUGACAUCUCAACUGACACGUAGUAAGCAGCUGGAAGACGAAUUGGACCUGGCUAAAAAGGAGCUCGAUGACAGAGUUCGAGAGCACAGGGAGACCACCCAGACCCUGCAGCUCAAGGCCAAGGAGGACGCCUACCGCGUCUCACAGCUGGAGACGGCACUGCUAGUGUGCAAAGAGGAACUCACUGGUUACAUUGAGAGACUGGACAAUAUGAGGGACAGACACGAUAAGGAACUACAGACCAAGAAGAGUGAGACGAAGAAGCUUGAGAAGCAGUUACAGCAGGCCAGGGACCAGCAGGAGAAGAGCGCCGAGCAGGUCUUGGAGUUGGAGCAGGCCCUUGAGGAACGGCAGCAGAUGCUGCUACAGAGCACGGCACGGAUGGCCGAGCUGGAGGACAAGGAAGGACAGCUGGAACACCAGGUGUCGCAUCUGGAGAAGGGUCUAAACCAUGUGACCACAGCAGCAGAGAAAGACGCCGCCUUGAUCGAGAAGAAGCUACACCAGGCUUGCAUGGACCUGGAGGAUAGGACCAGUCAGUUGACAGAAGCUACUCAGGCUCUGAGUCAAGCCCAGUCGGAGCUAGCCGAAGCUGAAACCCGGUCAGCAGACUUGGAGCUACAGCUCAGCCAGACCAAGAAGGACUGCGACAACCACGCAGCCAAGGCAACCCAGCUAGAUAUGGACCUGAGAGAGGCUAAACUACAGCUGGACAACAUGACACAGAAAGUUUCUGACCAGGAGAGUUCCCUGGAGACCACCAGGCAGGAGAACAAGUCUCACAGGGAGCGCUCCACGGAGCUGGACGGGGAGCUGCGCCGGGCCCAGCUGGAGAUGCAGACAGCAACCAAGCAGCUGUCUGAACUACAGCGACUGCUACAGCGCAGCCGGGCUGAAGCCAAGCAGAAACAGCAGCGUAUGCAGGAACUCAGUGACGAGUUGAGGCGUAGUCAGAACGAGGCUAGGAAUCGGGACCAGGACAUGGUGGAGAUGGAUGAAGCACUGAAGAGCAGCCAACGAGAACUGCAACAGAGAGCUGCCCAGGUAAACCAUCUAGAUAUGGCGGUCAAGGAACACCAGAGCGAAUCGGAGCAGAAGAUCCUGCAGCUGGAGAACAGUCUAAGCAAGAGCCAGUAUGAACUCAAACAGUGCUCUAGAAAGAUUGGUGAGUUAGAUGACAGGUGUGGUGAGCAGCAAGAGACACUCAAGGAGAGAGCCUUGCAGGUGCAGCAGCUGGAGCAAGUAGUGAGUCGACAGAAGAGUGAGAUCAACCACAAGGCCAUGGAGAUCACCCAGUUACAAAAGAGGAUAGAGGACCUGAGCCAUCAAUGCAGCAGCCACCAUGAGGAAGAGCUGGCGCAGGGUCAGCAGCUACGACUGACCAGAGAACAGAUGCAACGACACCAUGUAGAGCUGACUGAGGCUAGACGACAACUGGCGCAGGUCCAGAGAGAAAAGGAUCAGUUAGCCAGAGACUACGAGGACGCUGUCGACCUGUGCCAUGGCAAGGACGAGGACCACGCCCGUCUUGCCGAGGAGCACGGGGCCGUCAUGGCGCGGGAGGCCGAGACGGAGACAAGAUUCGGGGCGGAGCUGGAACGCAUCCGGGACUUGCAGCUACGGGAGAUGGAGGUGAAAGAACAAGAGCUGGCACAGUUGCAGGACAGCCACGCAGCGUUGCUGGCUUCUAAGAACCAACUGGAGGCCAGCCACCGAUUAGAGAUCAACAGACUCAAGGAAGCAGAGACAAGGAGCAGACAGGAGGUAGAGUCACUCAGGGAGAAGGUGACGGGCUUGGAGAAUGAGCUGGCAGCCAGGAAGGAGGUGAUCCAGGCGGCCAAUGAGGCCAUCGUCAUCAAGGAAGCAGAAGUUGCCCGCUUGAAUGCCCGCAUAUCAGGCUACGAGAGAGCCACUUUCGGCACCCAAUUUACAACUCACCAACCUCCCAACCGCCCCUCCUCCACCCCUGGCAGGGGUAACAUUCCCUACCUCAUCCCUCCCCUUAUGUCCCCCGCGUCCCCCCAUUUCCAAUCUCCGAGGACUGUCCUGCGUCGGAGCGCCUCAGACCACAACCUGCCAUCAGCUGGGAGUGGCGACGUCCCCGGUACCCUUCACAACGGUCUCCAGGACAUGCAUUUGCAUACAGGUUCCCCGCACCAUGGUAAACACUCAAGGCACCUGACGGACACUGGUUACCAGUCGUGGGGGCCGUACAUCAGUCAGGACUUCCAUGAACCUGUAACAACCCACAGAUACGAUCCACAGGAUGCCCACUCACGCAGCAGGUUCACGAACGAGCCGGCAACCCUGGGCCAUUUCUCGGACACUGACAGCGUGGAGGAUGCCGAAAACUUUGAAACCUUACAAGGGAUGCUUGCAUUUGUGAACCGCCACAUCGCCGGUCACCAACAGCAAGAUCCUGCUACCCAUAGUGACUCCCUCAACGUAAAUAACUCCAACUUCUCUGGUCUCACAGACCGCAGGCAGUCCUCAAUCACCCACACAACUCAAGAGGACUCUGAAUUGGCGUUGGAUCUCUCGGAGUUUCAGCAGGACGACAGAAGGCAAAGCUGGGAGAGUCCAAGGAAGGGUAGGGAAGGGGCCAGGACUUCCCUGGGUAACAGAGAAAGAGGAGUUUCUCCAUCAUCCAAGUCGCCAGACAGAGGGAGGGCUCAGGUUCACAAGCCAAGGAUCAUGAAAUCACCUGGUCAGUCAGAUGGUUCAUCUCCAAAAGUCCUACCUCUUAAGAAGCGUCUAGCUACUCAACGGGCCAAGCUGGUUGCAAACAAGACGGCGACAGAGGCACCUCUCAAGCCGGAAGACUGCAUGGCGGAUCUGCAGGACAGACUGCGAGCUAACGAUGAGAGGCGUCGCCGCAUAGACGACCAGCUGUACAACAUGAGGGACCACGCCCGCAAGAUCACCAACCGCAUCCUGGGAAAAGACGAAUCCGAGGACAGGUAGAUAGAAGGGCUCCCUCUAGCAGGGAAAGAUCACCAGCAAGCAAGAUCACUGACUGCCAGUCUGAGAAAGCAAAAACCUGGUGAACAGAUGAAGGAAAAAUAGACCAAUCACGUCAUUAGGAUCGGUAUUGUGCGUGCAAAGGGCGCCCUCUAGCAGUGACUGAUUGCCAACAAGCAAGAUCACCAACUGCAUCUUUGGAAAGAGUGGACGAAUAAAGGAUGAGGAAAACUAUGUAAGAACAAAGGCCUGGUUAGGCUUGGUUUUAGGGCGCCCUCUACCAGUGUCUUUUGAUGGGGAGAUGUCAGUACUAUUUUCCAUCCUGGUACUUCCCCACUAGGUGCAUAUUUCUUUUGUUCCGGACAAUGGCUGAAACCCACGGAAUAGUCUUGUAUACAUUAAGGGGAAACUGGAUGUGGAAAUGCAUUUGGCUUUACAGUCGAGUCUCGUGAAUACAAACUCGUUCGGACCUAGCCAAAUUGUUUGUUAUAUCGGAAUUUUG